GACUGUGAGAUAGACAUUCAGCGUACCAUACAAAUGGUGAGAUCACAGAGAUCAGGAAUGGUGCAGACAGAAGCUCAGUAUAAAUUUGUAUACAUGGCAGUCCAACAUUAUAUUGAAACAUUACAACAGAGGUUACAAGCUGAGCAAAACAGUCUAAAAACUGGACGUGAUUACAAGAAUUUAAAGAAGUCAGCGGUGGAAGCAAGCGGUGAUGUCUAUCAAAAUGUUGGUGACAUGAGGAGUAUGUCUAGACCAUCAAGUACUCUACAGAAAUAGAUGCAACUAUCUCAUUAAUAUUGUUGUCAUGGUAGCAAUUGUUACAAAUAUCAGCCAAGAAAAAUUAUGUAACUAUAGUGCCAAGAUGUAUAUUUUGAAGUAAUUUCUUGAUAUUUUAGGUUGUAGAUAAAUAUUAAUAGCAACAUAGAAUUGUAUAUCUUUUAUUGUGAGUCUAAGUGAAUACUGAAAAUGUAUGUUAGUGAUUUUUUGAAAUGAAAUGAACCAAAUUUGUUGAAAUUGAAGAAGAUGGCCUGCCAUGUUCCUUCUACACAUUUCAUCUUAAGAAUACGAGAGGUUUUUAUCCCUGGGACAACAUACAUACAAUGUAAUCAACCUUCAAAGACAAACAAAAUCUACUAACCAAGUGUGUUCACAAAUCUAGCUUAAUUUAGUUAGCAUUCAUUAUCUCAAUAUAUGCUAUAUAUAUUAGCCAGG